AAGAACCCUAUCGAGCCCUUUCGAAGCAUCAGGGUUUAUGCGGCCACCAUGCUCUUAUCCGUGCGACCGCCUCCUCCCUCUUCUUCCUCCUCUUCGCCCUCGUCCUCUUCUCCUCCUCUUCCCCGAGCCCCCUUAUCCUUCUCGAACCGGUCGAACCGGUUCACCCGGUCCGGUUCACCCUCCUCCUCGGUUCGGAUACAACGCUGCAACAAAGGGCUCCAUUGGAGAGCUCUCCUUCGAAUCCCCUCCUCCAAUGGAGGCAAUAGUGGAAGCUGCACUCAGCAGACCAUCGGCUCCGACUUCGACCCUUUGGGUAUUAACGAGAUCUCUUUCGGUUUUGGUGCGUCAUUGAGAAGUGUCGUCGACUUCGUUUGCCAAACAUUUGAGAGUACGUCGAGCUCGAGGAAAGAGAAGUCAUCCGUUAGUCGAGGAGCGGCAGCCGCAAUCGAGGACAGUUCUAUCGACAUUGGCGACUUCUUCAAAGGCCCGCUACCCGGAAAAUUCCUAAAGCUCUUAGGGUACUUGGCUUUAUCUCGACUCGGAGUGUACAUACCAUUAGGUGGAGUGAACAGGGAAGCUUUUGCUGGUAAUUUGGACCAGAACAGUCUGUUAAGCACUUUAGAUUCGUUUUCUGGCGGUGGCGUCGGUAGGCUCGGGAUCUGCUCCUUGGGUAUCGUUCCCUUUAUCAACGCCCAGAUCGUUUUUCAGCUUCUCGCGCAGGUUUAUCCGAAACUGCAAGAUCUUCAAAAGAGGGAGGGAGAGGCAGGAAGAAAGAAGGUUCUUCAAUAUACGAGAUACGCUUCGGUUGGUUUUGCUGUAGUCCAGGCUAUAGGGCAAGUUCUUUACCUUCGUCCCUAUGUUAACGACUUCAGCACGGAAUGGGUAGUGUCGUCUGUUACACUGUUGACACUUGGUUCGGUAUUUACGACUUUUCUUGGGGAAAGGAUAUCUGACCUGAAACUUGGAAACGGAACAUCCCUUCUGAUAUUUACGAGCAUUAUAUCCUAUUUGCCGGCAUCAUUUGGUCGAACAGUUGCACAGGCGUUUCAAGAGGGAAACUACAUCGGACUUGCGACGAUUGUCUUAUCAUUUUUUCUGUUAGUUCUUGGGAUUGUGUAUGUACAAGAAGCUGAAAGGAAAAUACCACUCAACUAUGCUUCAAGAUAUAGCAGCAGAAGCGGAGGGCUUCAGAGAUCUGCAUAUCUUCCAUUCAAGGUUAAUAGUUCUGGGGUGAUGCCUAUAAUAUUUUCUACAUCUUCGCUGGCUUUGCCCGGUACUCUGGCGCGCUUUACUGGUUUAUCUGCUCUUAAAAAUGCUGCAGUCGCUUUAAACCCAGGAGGUGCUUUAUAUCUUCCUACCAAUAUAUUGCUCAUAGCUUUUUUCAAUUACUACUACACCUUUCUCCAACUGGAUCCCGACGAUGUUAGUGAGCAAUUGAAGCGCCAAGGUGCUUCGAUUCCUCUUGUCCGACCCGGAAAAAGCACUGCUGCUUUUCUGAAAACAGUUCUUAGCCGGAUAUCGGUUCUGGGCUCUGCCUUUUUGGCCGUGCUCGCUGCAGGGCCGGCAGUGAUCGAACAAACCACGCACUUAACUGCAUUCCGGGGAUUCGCGGGCACAUCUGUUCUCAUCCUCGUCGGUUGCGCGACUGAUACAGCAAGAAAAGUGCAGGCGGAGAUAAUAUCUCAGAAAUACAAAAACAUCGAGUUCUACGACAUUAACCGGUACGGCCCGCCGUGAAUACACUCAGCGAGAUUCAUGUACUCUUUUCUCUUUUUUUUUUUGCUUGUUCAUACAUCGUGGCGCGAGACAGAAGAUAGAUCUUUCUUUGUUAUGUACUUUGAUCAUCUUGCUGGGAAGUGUAUGAAUCAGUUUGGAGAAAAAUUCAUUUGUCUUAGUAACAUUACCUUGAUGUAAAAUGGUGUAGUAUUGCCCACACUCGGAUUAGGGUUAAUUGCGUAUGUAUGUACCCCUACAUUAUAAUAUUGUAUAUUCAUUUUUGUAAAGUGUGAAUUAUCGAAUAUAUUCCUCAAA